GUGACUUCGGCUAGAGAUGGAAUCGGCGGAUGGAAGGACCUUCCGAAAACAGUUUGCAUAACCCUAAAAGUGCCAAGAAACAAGCUGAGCGCUCUGACUGGUCUUGAUCCAACAGAUGUCGGUACUCCAAUCGGCCACUGUAUCGUGCAGUCAUCUAUGAGUUCGAUAGUCGGGCGCUGGCAAAAUAUCUUCUCUGGAAUCCAACUUGCGUUUGGUAUCAUCUCGACCGUUGGCGAGAUUCAUAGCAACGAAUAUGCAAUUCAGGUCUCUGAGGACGACUUGAGGUGGCAGGGUAAAUUCCCACUUGUGGUCUCAUUCAUGACCCCAUCUUGGUUUCUGCUGCUUGAGCCGAAAACUGCCAUCAUAGCUUUUGGACUACAAAGUACACCGCAGACCUGUACUAAGUUCGUUCGAUCAUUGGGGUUCGAGAUGAAUAUAUUCGAAACGACAUUGGGAAAUGACGAAUGUGUUUACAUUUCAAAACAUCCACCCAAUCUGACCAGCAUUGCAUCCGGUCACUGUUUCAGUAGAGCCGAGCACGAAUCCCCUGGAUUGGCACAUGGAGAGAUCAAAACGACCUUUUCCGCGAUCGUUCUGCAACCAGAAGGAAGAAUUACCGCCCUUUCUGGUUGUAUAGAUCUUCUCUCAGAAAGACUGAAGCGUUCUCUGAGAAGUGGCUGUGCUGUAAAGACCACACAAACAGCCCCAUGUGACUUUGAAGUUGCCUUCAACGGUGAGGAUGCCCAGAUUGCGUCAUCAUUCCCGGUUCCAGUCUGUGGUGAAAGAAGUAAAAUUCGCAUUGCAAGAAAGUCUUGUUACAUAGAGGUGGAAGCACCUCUACAUUGGAGUGUAUGGACGAGUUUUCCAGUGUUUUCUCCCUCGUGUAUAUGGGGGAGAACUGCCAAUGUACAUCAUAUCGACAUGAGAGUGUUACCAGUACUGGAUCGAAAUCGCCAUGAUCAACUCAAAUGGCUGUCGCCGCACGUAGCAGGCAUGUUUUCCAAACACGAACGAAAACAACGUGAGCAAUCCUUGUCCGUGGUGAGUGCCAUACCGCCAGAUGCCCGAGUGGGCUUCAAAGACUCGCUGUUCUCUCUGUUCAUGCAUUUUACUGGAAUUCAGGGAAGACAAUCACAUAUAUUCGGCUUGGACAAUCCAACUGGAGGCGGAGUUCACUUUCUCAUUUUUGUGUCUUGCAUAAGACUAGAUCUUGGCAGUCAAACUGUCGUGCUCGACACGGGUGUAUUGCCAAUCACCGAGAGUCUCGUCCCCCGUAUUGCAAAGUUCUUGUCAGCAGUCACUGAGAAAGGAUUUUGCAGUAUCAGAGUCGAUGAUGAAGAACUCAAACUCUGGAGACAGACCCUGCCGUCGUUUACGGAGAGAUGUAGGAUCUGGAAACACCAUCCUGCAUGCAACCGUGAUGCAGGAUGCAUCCAACAGACUCAAGAUGACGUCAACGAUGUGUUUUGUGCCUGUGGCCGUGGCUUUCUUCCCGAAGAUUUUGUUCCAGAUGUUCCAAAUUGGGCUGAUGUACGUGGGCUAGUUACUGGAGCGGCUAUAUCCCCAAUAUUCUCGGUUCCCAUGAUUGACCCGCCAUUCGAUGGUUUACUAAAUCUAGACCCAGUACAAGGAGGUUGUACGGUAUGUGGGAAAGGAAGAUCUAUUGGUGGAGGAAAACUCUUGAAAUGUAGCGCGUGUCAUAUCACUAAAUAUUGCUCCUCGAACUGUCAAAAGUCUGACUGGAGGAGCCAUAAGCGUAUUUGUAAAAAGUGA